CCGCUCGCAAGGCAUUCUGGGAAACACACAGUAACUUCAAGAUGGCGGCGAGCAGAAGGCUGGCCAAGGAACUCGAAGAAAUUCGCAGAUCUGGAAUGAAAAACUUCAGAAACAUCCAAGUUGAGGAAUCAAACCUGUUGGCAUGGCAAGGCCUCAUUGUUCCAGACAACCCCCCUUAUGACAAAGGGGCUUUCAGGAUUGAGAUCAUCUUCCCCACCGAGUACCCCUUCAAACCUCCCAAAAUCACAUUCAAAACAAAGAUCUACCACCCCAACAUUGACGAGAAGGGCCAGGUGUGCUUGCCUGUGAUCAGUGCAGAGAACUGGAAGCCUGCCACCAAAACUGACCAAGUAAUUCAGUCCCUCAUUGCACUGGUGAACGACCCUCAGCCCGAGCAUCCCCUGAGGGCAGACUUAGCAGAAGAAUACUCAAAGGACCGUAAAAAAUUCUUGAAGAACGCCGAAGAGUUUACAAAGAAACACGGAGAAAAGCGGCCCAUGGACUGAUCACAAGAUGAGCGCAUAGCCCUCUCUUUCUCUAUCUCCCCUUCUUCCUGAUUCUUCCUGUGCCCCCCCUCCCCUCAUCACCUCUCUCCCUGACUGUCCUCUCCUCACCUCUCCCCCCUCACCAACCCUUCACCCCGGCUCACCCCGGCUCCCUCCACCAGUGUUCUCCCACCUGUCCUCCCUGGAGCUGCCCAGCUCCACGCAGGCAGUGACUGUCCAAAACUCACCCCCCACCCAGGACUGUGGAUCAGGCAGCCCCCCCUCCCCUCCCUUUUCCACAACCACAAAUCUCCUGGCCAUUUCUAACUUUCUACUCUUUUCUUAAGGUGAAAAAUGGAAUCAGAAAUGCUAAGGGAACAUGACGCUCACAGUAAAGAGUUAGAUGGAAAUAUUCAGAGUCAUGUAUUGCUGUUCUGCUGGCCUUUCCUCUGUUAAACUACUCUUUGUUUUAGUAGAUUUCAUGUAGACUUUUUUUUUUGUAAACAGAACAGAAGUGUCUGCUGUCAUUGUUUUUGUCCCAUCAAAUACACAGUCAUUUUCAAUCUGAAUAAAUGUGAGAGAAGAGAAGUUGCA